AAUCUGGUGGACGCCUUCUUGGGAGCCGUUAUCACUGUUGUCUUCUCAGUGACCAUAUAUUUAGUCACUGCACAGAUCGGAGCCCUCUAUGGAAAGCGUUUUGGCUAUUACUUACUGUCGAUGAUACUGUCCACCCUAUGCUCUCAGGGCAUGUCCUACGCGUUCAGUAUAAUAUCGACCAAAAAUUUACGGACAACCCUUAUAUUAGGAAUCGGAGGCAAUCUCUUGAACACACUGUUCAGCGGCUUUUUGUUACCGGUCGCUGAGAUGAACCGAUUCAUGCAAUUCAUAGCAAACAUAUCGUACGUGAAGGCGUCGUUUGAAUCUCAGAUAUAUGCCAUCUAUGGCUUCAACAGAUGUGACGCCCAACUCAAUCACUACUCAUCCAUAUUGUAUCGCAUGAAACUCACUGAAGAUAGCUUUCAGAUGAAUAUGACUCUACUGGUGAUGCAGACAAUCUUCUGGAGGGUGUUUGCAUUGAUUUGUCUGAUCGUUAAGACCAAUGACUUGGGUCUCAACUUUAUGUUCAAUCACCACAAAUUAAAUCUCAAUCAUAACACUAAGACUCCCAUCUCUACCAUUAAUAAGGAUUCAAUUGUAUAA